AGGGCUCUGCAGGUGCACGGCUCUCCUCACUCUCACAGACACACAGACACACGGACAUCAUCCGGAACAUUCUCGGCUCCUUCUUCAUUUUGUUUUUCCCCAACAGGACCGGACCGCUUGUUUUAUAUAUACAUUUUUUUAAUUUUGUUUAGAAUUAUGUGAAGAUGUUUUCUAUGACCCGUUCGCAAAGGAAUUUCUCUCCAGGGCAUCAUCCCAUAUGGAAACACUUUGACAUGGAGACGUUUCCAGCGAACAACUACUGAAACCGUGCGGUGAUGUCAUCGCUGAUCUUCGUGCAGCUCCUUCUUCUAAGCCUGAGGGCCACCCACAUGACCUCUGACCUGAGGGCACAAUGUCCAGAUGUGGCUCCUCUGGACCUCCUGUCUCUUGUCCUUGAGGACACCUCCAGACCCCUGCCAGGGGUGCACGUGAGACCCUCCGGAGGUGUGAAGGGCGUACAAUUUUCCAGGCCCCAGGCUUCCUCUCACUUGUUGCUCAACUGCCAGCUUUUCCCCAAAGACUUUUCCAUCGUCGUGACGCUAAAAUUCGCUCGCUUCGCACACGAGAAAAGCGAGUACAUCUUUUCCUUAGUAGAGCCGAAGAGAGCAGAGCAAGGACCCGAAGAGAAGGAGAACGAAAAGGGAAACAUUUUGCAAAAGAAAGCUGAUACGGACGUCACCAGAGAAGAACGUCGGCGUCUCGUCUUAGGACUGCGGCUCUCAAGGAACCGACUUUACCUGCACUUUAAAGGUCAACGAGGGGUGAUAGAGCAGUCUGUGUCCCGGGGCCCCCGCCUGGCUGAUAACCGGUGGCACACUCUGGUUGUGACCAUUUGCGAUGGACAAGUCAGGCUCACCGUGGACUGCGGCUUGCCACGGGAAUUCCAUUUCUCCAAGCCCUUCCCCUCAGACCUCAACUUCCAAGGUUCCUUAGUCCACAUCGGCAGUCGAGGCAGAUGGAAAGGCUUGUUUUCAGGCCUUUUGCGACAGUUGGUUCUGGUUCCGGGAUCAGAUGCCACCCGUCAGAUAUGCCCGUCUUCCCAUCCUCAACUGGCAGCUCUGUCUGUGCCGGUGAUGCUCCUGUCAGAUGUCAACGCCACUCGGAGGGAGCCUGGUGGUCACAUGACUCCCACUGAAACCGAGGCCAGGGUGUCUGUGGGCUUACAGCAGCCAUGCUCCGAGCUGCUUCAAGGCCAAAUGUGGUUUAGUUCGCUCAAGAAAGGUCUUUACGUUUGUGAUGGUACUUCGUGGAUCGUCGUGCUCGAGGCUCCUAAACGACUGGACUACGUUGUGGAAAAUCAGGUUCUCGCCACCAGCUCAGAGACACACGACAUAGAGGUAUUCCAGGUACCAGGCGUGGGCCUGAUGGCUGCCAUGGCUCACCGCUCCACAGCCUUUGGUUCCGCCGUGUACCAGUGGACGCAACAGAAAGGUUUCCAGCUGUAUCAGAACAUCAGCACCUAUGGAGCGUUGGCAUGGAGACAUUUCAACAUGGGCAAGAAGAUCUUUCUGGUGGUGUCCAACUCCGGGGCAGGCAACGACAUUAGCAGAGAAUCAGACAGCCCAGACGUUUCUGUUAUUUACAAGUGGAACAGAAGAAAAAAGCAAUUUGUGCAGUUCCAGACCCUGCAGACCAACUGCGCACGGGACUGGGAGGCCUUUAAAAUCCAUCGACAAACCUACCUGGCAGUAGCCAAUCACAGAAUUGGUGAUAACAACCACACCAUAGACAGCGUGGUGUACAAGUGGAACAGGCCCACCAAGUCCUUUGAAGUUCAUCAGAAGCUGAGGACCUCAGGGGCCUACGACUGGGAGUUCUUUAUCGUUGGACCGUACCAUUUCCUGGUGGUGGCAAACGCUUUCGAUGGAGUGACCACAUCUGUGGACUCCGUCAUCUACGUUUGGGUGGAUGGAAACUUUCAGGUCUUCCAGACCAUUAAGACUUUUUGUGCCACCGACUGGGAGAUGUUCCAGAUCGGGAGAAGAGUUUUCCUGGUGGUUGCCAAUGGAAACAGGCUCCACGGUAACGGACCCAGCGAGUAUGCCAUCAACUCCACCGUGUACGAGCUGGACGUGAACGAGCGACUGUUUGUCCGCUUCCAGGAUAUUGUCACCUACAGCGCCGUGGACUGGGAGUUCUUCAGCCUCGGGGAGGAAUAUUUUCUGGUGGUUGCUAAUUCCUUCAACGGAGAGUCGUACUCUCUCAACAGCGUUCUGUACAGGUGGCAAGGUUACGAAGGCUUUGUCCCCGCCCAUUGGCUCCCAACCAUCGGAUGCAGUGACUGGGAGUUUUUCACCGCCAACGGAGAGUCUUAUCUGAUCUACUCCAGUGCCAAAGCGCCCCUCUCCAAAGUGUUCAAGCUGAAAAUGUACUAAGCUCCCGACCAUAUUUAUGCGUGUGUAUGCACGUCCCUCUCGCUAUAAAUAAGGCAGGGCAUGCAGCAUUCAUGUGUGUGUACGUGUGUAUGACAGAGUUCCGGAAAAAAGUGUGGCGGUGUCAAGAGUGUAAAUGAGUUUCAAUACACCAAAAAUGUAAAUUAUUAAAAUAAGCUACUCUUA